AUGACCGAUAAACGACGGGGCGCAAGCUCGAGCACCAGCCAUCCGAUCCGAUCGACAGCCUCUUCGCGAAGCAGCAGCAUCAUUGCGCCGCCGCCACGUGCUCAGCUUGGGAACGCGUCGGCGUCGUCUGUUCUGGAAAAUGAUGACGCCAGCAGCAUCAAGUCGAGAGAAGGGAGCAUCAAAGAGCAACGAGAGGGUAGUAUAAAAGACAAGGACUACUCCUCGUCAUCCGGCACCGCAGCGCUGCUCAAGGAGAAAGAUGAAAAGAUCUCGGAGCUUAAGCGCGGCCUCAUAGAGAUCGAGGCCGAGUUUGCGCGACAGGUAGAGCGUUUGUCACAGAACGAGAGCGAGACGGCAGCCUUCUGGCAGUCGAAGCACUCCACCCUCAAUCAGCAAUUUUUGAGAACAGACACCGAGCUUAGGCUGCUGCGUGCUGAGAUGGAGCUUCGCGAAGGCGAGCGCGAUGAGUUCAAUGAGGGACUAGAAUUUUUUAAGCGCGAGAUCAAGGCAAGAGAUGACGAGAUCCGAAGGCUCAGAACUGAUCUUAUGGGACUCAAGAAAUGGCUGAGCACCAGCACGAGGACAGAGGAACAAGAGAGCGAUGAGCUCUUUGCGGGCGACAUGGCAAGACUGGGCAACGGGUUGCAGGAGUGGGCGAUACAGCACUUUCGGAGAACAAAGAUUGUUAUAUCAAAAGCAAGCCCAUCUGUCGAAAAUGAGCUUUCACAACUUGUACCGAUGUAUUCCGAACUGGCCAAAACAUCAAAGCUUCCGCUGUUACAGAGUAUUGUUUCCACCAUUCUGGUCGAGAUGAUAUUUGAUGCUUACUUUGUCGGUCUUUCAAAGGACCAGGCUAAUAAGCUGAAGCAGACUCAGGAAUGUCUUGAGUCUUUGAGUGGUGAGGAGUCGGCUAAUCAGUGGCGUGCCGUAACUUUGACCAUGGUCAGAAAAGAGGCGUCUCUGAAGCUGCAUGCCGAGACGACAGCAAUUGUCGAAGAUGUCAUCGCAAGAGUCACUCGGAUACUAAGCUCAAUUGUAGACGUCGACACAACAGAUGCACGAGAUCAUGCGCUGCGAGGUCUAGUGAACACUGCUAUUGAGUUGGCACGAAGGCUAGCGGUGCAGAAAGCUGUCUUCAAAGUGACAAUGCCACAGAUCUUGCCCCACCAAAAAACGAUAUUUGAUCCCUCUGAAAUGGAAGAUAUUGGAGGCGAGGAUGAGGAUGGUCUUAGCACUCGAGAGAUAUGCUGUGUGACAUUCCCCAGCGUUAUCAAAACCGGCGACGAGCAUGGCUCCCACUCGCACUUGAGGAACAUAGUAUCUAAAGCCAGGGUUUUAUGCAGUCCUGAAUGA